CCAACAGUGAGAGAAGGUCAAGGAAGAUAAAGAAUGGAAAGUAUCUAUCUAUUGGAUUCUGUCAGAGGAGCUUUGUUGAAAGUACUUCAAAGAUAUGCUGAGACUGAAAAGCAGAUCUCUAGGGAUUCAGGCAGAAAAAAAUGUCAAAGAUUGGGAGUUUUGAAGGAUUCCAGCCUGUGUCUCUGAAGCAAGAGGGAGAUGACCAACCCUCUGAGACUGACCAACUGUCCACGGAGGAGGGGGACCCAGGCAAGGACCCAGAGCCAAGCCGUAUUUCAAGGCAGCCAAGUGUGACUGAAUCAACACUGUACCCCAAUCCUUAUCACCAGCCUUAUGUCUCACGGAAGUACUUCGUUACACGGCCAGGGGCCAUUGAGACUGCCAUGGAAGACUUGAAAGGCCACAUGGCGAAGACUCCUGGAGAGACAAUUCAAGGCUUCUGGCUCUUGACAGAGAUAGAUCAUUGGAACAAUGAGAAGGAGAGGAUUUUGCUGGUCACAGACAAGACUCUCUUGAUCUGCAAAUAUGACUUCAUCAUGCUUAGCUGUGUGCAGUUGCAGCGGAUUCCCCUGAGCGCUGUCUAUCGCAUCUGCCUGGGCAAGUUUGUCUUCCCUGGGAUGUCACUGGACAAGAGACAAGGAGAAGGCCUUAGGAUCUACUGGGGGAGUCUGGAACAGCAGUCCCUCUUAUCUCGCUGGAACCCAUGGUCCACUGAAGUGCCUUAUGCGACCUUCACUGAGCACCCUAUGAAGUACACCAGUGAGAAGUUCCUCGAAAUUUGUAAGUUGUCUGGGUUCACGUCUAAACUUGUUGCAGCUAUCCAGAAUGCCCACAAGAAUUCCACUGGAUCUGGAAGAAGAAAGGGACUGAUGGUGUUAACUGAACCCAUUUUGAUUGAAACCUACAUGGGGCUGAUGUCAUUCAUUGGAAACCGCAACAAACUCGGCUAUUCCCUUGCCCGUGGGAGUAUUGGGUUUUGAGACUCCUUCUGGCAUUAUAAGUAUGCCAUCCACUGAUCUACCUUCAUUGAAGAUUCUGUUUCAGACCACCAUAUAUUUGGACUGACUUAGUUCCUUUUAAAUACUAUUACAUGGUAUUGAACACUUAGUAUCUUAGGAAAUCUAUAAUCUUGAUUAGACUGAUAGAUGCACACUUCAGACCUCAUAUAAGAACAAUCAAAUUUCCU